AUGAAAAUCUUCCACAACGACCCCAUCUUCGACGGCCAACUCCUCCGCAUCCUCUCGGCUACAUACGAACAAGGCAGCGACAUCACGGAAGCGCACUCAACCACCACAAGAAUCACACCCCACGACACAGAAUCAUGGUACAAAGAAUGGAACAAGACAGCCACCCGGAUAGAACAAGUCGCUGCGGCAGCACUCGCCAAACAUCACAGCCAAACCGCACACGAGGCCUUCCUCCGAGCAUCCAUGUACCACCGCGCAUCGGGACAGUUCUUCAUCGGCAACCCAGACGAUAAACGAACCCGGGCAGCUUUCAAAAACUGCGAAACAUGCUUCAUCGAAGCUAUGAAGUUGUCCACGCAUCAUGAGUGCGAGAGAGUCUCAAUUCCCUACAAAGAUACAGCCCUGCCGGGGUAUUUCCUUCGUCCCCGAACAGCAAGACGAUGCGUAACGCUCAUCAUAAACGGUGGGUAUGACUCAACCAAAGAAGAGUGCUUCUUCUUCAGUGGUGCUGCUGCUCUACGGAGAGGUUUCAACGUCUUGUUAUUCGACGGACCAGGCCAGGGACUCGCUCUUGUUGAACAGAAUCUCAUCACCACACACAAAUGGGAGUCCGUCAUCACCCCCGUCGUAGAUUACCUCUACACACGCUCUGACGUGGAUAAAUCCAAAAUUGCAGCCAUGGGCAUCAGCCUAGGUGGCUACCAGGUUCCCCGGGCGGCCACGAAAGAGAAGCGUCUGGCAGCUAUCAUCGCUGACCCCGGACAAGUCGAUAUAGGGAAGAGGGCUCGUGCAAGGUUACCCCUUCCAGAAACCUGGCGGCGUGUAUUCCCAAAGGAUACAUCUUGGGCUGUCGUAUCGCUGGUGUCGACUAUUCUUGCAAGGAUGUCGGCUGACCCGUCGAAUGGGUGGACGAUGAGACGGAUCAAGCACGUCCAUGGCCUGGAUAACAUCGUGGACAUGUUUGAGGAGAUGGAUAAGUUCAAGCUGAAUCCGGCGGAGAUUACGUGUCCUUGUUUUGUGUCGUGUGCGGAAAACGAUGAAUUGGCUUCUGAUUCAUGGGAAUUUUAUGAACGGCUUGGGGCACAGGAGAAGAGGUUUGUGAGAUAUAAGGCGGCAGAUGGGGGUGGUGAACACUGUGAGGCUGGAAAUCGUAGUUUAUUCAAUGGCGAUUGCCUUGACUGGUUGGAGGAGUUGUGGUCGUGA